AUGUCGUCCUCAUCAAAGAGGAAAACUGAACCGGCCCACUAUAUGUUGAAGAUCGAGAAUUUUUCUAUUCUUACUGAAGCUAAAUCUAUGAAAAUCGAAUCUGAUGUUUUCGAAGCCAGCGGUUAUAAAUGGAGACUAGAAUUAUAUCCGAAUGGAUAUGGGAUCGAGGAGAAAAGUGGUGGUAAAAACAUCUCUUUGUAUCUUGUGAUAUGUGGCACUGAAAGCCUCUCAAAGGGGUGGGAGCUCUUUGUUGAUGUUUCUUUUUUUGUUUACAGUCAUAAAGGUCACAACUAUGUAACUUUUCAAGCUACCGAUGCUUAUGGGAACAGGAUACGGUUUAAUGAGAGUAAGAAAAUAUGGGGGUUUGACAAACUAAUAUCUCUCGAGUCUUUCAAGGAAAGUACAAAUGGGUACCUGUUGAAUGAUGCCUGUGUGUUUGGAGUUGAGGUUUUUGCUGUUCCGGGCUUUGCACAAAAGGAUCGAUGCUUGUCGUUUAUAAAGCCCCCGACUUCUAUGAAUACCUACACUUGGAGAAUUGAUAACUUUUCAGAUGUUAAAGAGGUAACUAUUGAUUCAGAUGUCUUCAAACUUGGCAAUGUCAAGUGGAAAUUAUGGCUAUCUCCAAAAGGAAAUGGUGAAGGGAAAGAUACUCAUUUAUCUUUAUAUUUAGAAGUAUUUGACCAUGCUUUGUUUCCUGAUGAUUGGCGAGUAUAUGCAAAUUUCAAGAUUCGGGUUAUGAAUCAAAGUUGUAAGGAAAAUAUAGAGCACGUUGUUUUGGUUCUGGUUGCUGUUGCAUGA